CAAAGGAUAUGAUAUGGUGCUAGUUAAGAUCUUGACAAUAUUUGUGGCUUUGGAUCUAUCAAAUAACAAGUUCCACGGCAAUGUCCCGGAAGAGAUUGGGGAACUAAAAUCACUGGUUGUGCUCAACCUGUCACAAAAUGUCUUCGAUGGGCGAAUUCCAAUAUCAUUGGGAGAGUUAUCUCAGCUUGAAUCUUUAGACUUCUCAAACAAUAAAUUUUCAGGGACGAUUCCUCCACAACUCACCAGUCUAACAUUCUUGGAAGUAUUGAACUUGUCUUACAACCAACUAGGUGGCCACAUUCCUUUGGGGAACCAAUUCAAUACUUUCACGAAUAGUUCCUACAUAGGAAAUGCAGGACUGUGUGGAACCCCACUCUCAAGAAAAUGCAGUGGAGAUGAUGAUGUACCGGUAGCACAUGAUGAAAACUUGGAAGGUGAAGAAGCCAUGUUUGAUUGGAAGUUUGCAGUUGCAGGAUGUGGGUUUGGGUUAGUUGUUGGGUUAACAAUCGGGUUUACAUUCUUGGCUGAUUGGAUUAUUAAAUGGGUCAUAAAGCAGCAGCAGAAGAAGAGGCAGGCAAGAAGAAAGUGCAAUUAACAAUCCUAAAAGUGAAAAGAUAGCUUUUGUUUUGUGUUUACAUUCCCCAAGCCAAGGUUGUCUCAUGUUGUUAUGUGCUUGGUAAUUGGUAUAU